CAACACUCUCACUUCGAUAUAUCCGCCUUCUUCUUCAACAAUCAUCUCUCAGAGCCAACUGUACCGAUUUCUCCGAUCUCCCGGAGCUUCACUUCUCCGGCCGGAAAACUAUGUCUCAGUCUAUCCAAUUCUCCACUCCUUCACACACUCUCCAUCUCCCUCAAUCACGAUUCCACCGUCCUCUCACUUCCUUUUCCUUCCGCCAAUUCCCUCUAACCUCCACCAUCAAGUACACAUCAAUCAGAGCCUCCUCCUCUCCGUCGCCUUCACCGGAUCUAGAUUCCUCCUCCUCCUCCUCCUCCUCGGCGUCGCAGGUCCUUCUCUCUCUUAACGGCUCCGGCGCUGUGAAAUCAGAGGAGAGAUCCGUCGUAGCUACGGCGGUUUCUACGGAUACGGCGGCGAUAGAGGUCGAUACAGUGACGGAAGCGGAGCUCAAGGAGAAUGGAUUCAGGAGCACGAGGAGGACGAAGCUGAUCUGCACGAUCGGACCGGCGACGUGUGGGUUCGAGCAAUUGGAAGCGCUCGCCGUCGGUGGCAUGAACGUGGCGAGGCUAAACAUGUGCCACGGCACGCGCGAUUGGCACCGUAGUGUUAUCCGUAGCGUAAGGAGGCUUAACGAGGAGAAAGGAUUCGCAGUUGCAAUCAUGAUGGAUACUGAAGGUAGUGAGAUUCACAUGGGAGAUCUUGGGGGCGAAGCUUCAGCUAAAUCAGAGGAUGGUGAGAUUUGGACAUUCACUGUUAGAGCUUUUGAUUCUUCUCGCCCUGAACGUACCAUUAGUGUGAGCUACGAUGGUUUCGCUGAAGACGUAAGAGUUGGAGAUGAGCUUUUGGUUGAUGGUGGAAUGGUGAGAUUUGAAGUGAUUGAGAAGAUUGGUCCUGAUGUCAAGUGUCUAUGCACCGACCCUGGAUUGUUGCUUCCUCGAGCUAACUUGACGUUUUGGAGAGAUGGAAGUCUUGUGAGAGAGCGUAAUGCCAUGCUUCCUACCAUUUCUUCCAAGGACUGGUUGGAUAUUGAUUUUGGAAUUGCUGAAGGUGUGGAUUUCAUUGCUGUAUCGUUUGUCAAGUCAGCUGAAGUAAUUAAUCAUCUUAAGAGUUAUCUUGCUGCUCGUUCCCGUGGAGGGGACAUAGGAGUGAUUGCAAAGAUCGAGAGUAUUGAUUCACUGACAAACUUGGAAGAAAUCAUCCUAGCAUCAGAUGGAGCCAUGGUCGCAAGAGGAGAUCUUGGAGCUCAAAUUCCUCUUGAGCAAGUCCCAGCAGCUCAGCAGAGAAUCGUCCAAGUCUGCAGAGCGCUAAACAAACCCGUCAUCGUCGCGUCACAGCUUCUCGAGUCCAUGAUCGAGUACCCAACACCAACCAGAGCAGAAGUAGCGGACGUGUCCGAAGCAGUAAGGCAGAGAUCAGACGCAUUGAUGCUCUCUGGAGAAUCAGCUAUGGGUCAAUUCCCUGACAAGGCCCUCGCGGUUCUUAGAAGUGUCAGUCUAAGGAUCGAAAGAUGGUGGAGGGAAGAGAAACGCUACGAGGCUACGCGUACUCCACUUCAAGCCAUUGGCUCUACUUUUUCAGACAAAAUCUCUGAAGAGAUUUGCAACUCUGCUGCUAAAAUGGCCAACAAUCUUGGAGUGGACGCGGUUUUCGUCUACACAAAGGACGGACACAUGGCGUCUUUAGUCUCACGGUGUCGACCUGACUGUCCGAUCUUCGCUUUCACGACCACGACCUCCGUGAGAAGACGGUUAAACCUACAAUGGGGACUCAUACCGUUCCGUCUAAGCUUCUCAGAGGACAUGGAAAGCAACUUGAACAAAACAUUCUCGUUGCUGAAAUCAAGAGGUAUGAUCAAAUCUGGUGACCUCGUGAUCGCAGUCUCUGACAUGUUGCAAUCGAUCCAGGUAAUGAACGUUCCGUAGAUUCACUGUCUCUCUCUCUCUUCGAAAAUUCCGCAAAGACUCUGUUUUGGUUUCUUACUUUGUUGCUGUUUUAGACAAACUUUCGACAUUAGAUUCCAGAGGCAUCGUCGGUUUGGUCUAAUCGUAUAACUGUUAACAGUUGACGGUGCCAUGAGUGUGUAAGCUUUGCUUUGUUGUGUACUGUUUAUUGUGUUUUUUUUUUUUUUUGGCUUUCAAUAAUAUCAGUAAUCUAUUCU